AUGGAAUCCACCGGGCCCAGGGACCGGGACAGGACUGCGUCCGUUGCGUGUGCGGCGAGCGUCGGAGAAGACGUGACUGGGGCGAACGCAAACCGCCUGGUUGGCUGCGAGAGAGAUCGGCUGGUGGUCAGGGCCGAGGAAGGCGGCGACUUCGACGCCCUGCUGAUGAAGUUGUCGGACAAGUUCGAGAAGGUGGAGAACAAGCCGGUCGUCAUCGGGUAUGGCGUGGGUGCGCUGGUGGCCUUCUUCUUUGUGGAGUGGCUGAUCCACCUACCCAUCCUCGACUUCGUAAGUCGACCCCUGGCAAGGGGCGCCCCUGUCUCACCUUUUCAGUGCUCAGCGCGGCGUUCUGCGGCCACGCCCCAGCGCCAGUGCGCGCGCCCUUCCAAUUGCCCGACCUUUCAUCCGUGCGGACCAGAUGUCGCGCUGAGCAUUGAACACCCACCCUCGGGAGUCCCUCGACGGCAUUUGUGUGGAAGCACACCGGACUCUUCUUGUCAGAGCAGGGCGCUCUUUUUCUCCGUCGUCGCGAUGGAAAUGUCCCACAAAGCAGGGAAGUUGCCUGCAAGCCUGUCGCAACUCAACGCCGAAAUUUGCGGAGCUGUUCUCUUGCAGCACAGCCGGGCGUCCAGCCGGCCGUCCAACCGGCAGUCCAACGGCCAGGCGUGGCAAAGAACAGCGCGCCUUCCAGCGGCGCGCAGUGGUGAGAUGCGUUGCCUGGUGCGGCGUCCGUGGAAGCGACGUCAUUACCACCAGCAUCACCUUGUCGAGGACUAG